AUGCAAGUGUUGAUGAUAACAGGACUAACAAAAGCUCUUUCGAAUUACGCCAGAAAGCUUUUGUAUACAGAAGAUGGUAUCCCAACAUGGGUUAGACCAGAGGCACGGCGGCUCAUGGAGGAAGAAAUACCACUAGAUGAAGAGCCACCAGUGAAGGCUGAUGCAGUGGUGGCUCAAGAUGGAAGUGGACAGUACAAGACAAUUGCCGAGGCUCUAAAUUUUGUUCCUAAAGACAACAGCCCAUUCGUCAUCUACAUCAAAGAAGGUAUAUACAAGGAGCAAGUAAUGAUCACAAAGAAAAUGCCAUACAUCACUUUCCUCGGUGAUGGACAAAACUUGACCAUAAUCAGCGGCAGCCUCAGCUUCGGUGUCGGAAGAAUCAAGACGUUCCUGUCAGCCACCGUCAUAAUCGAGGGCGAGCACUUCACAGCAAAAAGCAUAGGGAUCGAGAACACGGCAGGACCAGAGGGACGACAAGCAGUGGCAAUGAGAGUCUCAGCGGACUACGCCGUAUUCUACGAAUGCAAAUUCGACGGUUACCAAGACACAUUAUACGUCCACUCUCAACGUCAAUUCUACCGCGACUGCACCAUCACAGGAACCAUAGAUUUCGUCUUCGGCGACGCGAAAUGCCUCCUCCAAAACUCCGUACUCGUCGUCAGAAAGCCCAAGAGAGGUCAGACGUGCGUCGUCACCGCUCAGGGACGCAGCGACAGACGUGAAUCAACCGGACUAGUGCUACAAAACUGCCAUAUAACUGGUGAUGCGGACUUCAUGGCGUUGAAGCCUGCGAAGAAAGUGUAUCUAGGAAGACCGUGGAAAAGAUUCUCGAGGACGAUCAUGUUGAUGUCGGCGCUCGAUGAUAUCGUGCAUCCGGACGGGUGGCUUAAGUGGAAGGGUGACUUUGCGCUCAAGACGCUGUACUACGCUGAGUAUAGUAGUGCUGGGUUAGGAGCGAAUGAUAGCGUUAGAGUGAAAUGGCCAGGUGUCAAGAAUAUAACGGCUGAAGAGGCUCAGUUAUACACUGGGGGUAGGUUUUUAGGUGGUGAUUCGUGGAUCCCUCAGACACAAGUUCCGUACAUUGCCAACUUGUAG